AUGUCUAGUCAGCGUCUUGUCCUAGGCCUCCCACGUGUCUUGCCGUCGCUGCCGCCUUCGCUUGCGCCGCCGUGUCGUCCCUGCGUCGAGGGUAGGCUGCGCGCCACCCCUCACUCCUCCUCCCUUCGUCCGGCCACCGAGCCUUUUGAGACGCUUCACUUGGACGUCUGGGGCCCCGCCCCUCGUCUAGGCCCUGAGCGUGAGCGUUACUUUCUGGUGGUCGUUGACGACUUCUCCCGCUACACCACAGUGUUCCCUCUGGCGAAGAAGUCUGAGGUGACUUCUACGCUGAUCAGGUGGUUGCUCACCACCGAGGACACUCGUGGUCGUCGUGUCAGCUGUCUCCACUCCGACCGUGGGGGUGAGUUUCGCUCCGGCAUUCUCGCUGGAUUCUGUCGCGAGCAGGGCAUUCGUCAGUCCUGGACGCUUCCAGAGUCCCCACAGCAGAAUGGGGUUGCUGAGCGCCGCAUAGGCCUGGUCAUGGAGAUCGCCCGCACCUCCCUGACUCACGCCUGUGCCCCCCAUUUUCUGUGGCCCUAUGCGGUCAGGUACGCCGCGCACCAGCUGAACCUCUGGCCACGUGUCUCUCGACCAGAGGUUUCACCGACCAGUCUUUGGACAGGGUCCCCUGGUGUUGCGUCGCGGUUUCGUGUCUGGGGGUGCUUGGCUCUUGUCCGCGACACCUCCGCGGACAAGCUCUCGCCUCGUGCCGUCCCCUGUGUCUUCCUUGGUUUCCCUGAGGACUCCUCUGACUUCACCUUUUACCACCCUCCCUCUCACCGGUUCUUUGACUCCCGUGACGUCCGUUUCGAGGAGUCCACUCCGUACUACGUCAGGUGUGUCCCAGGCUACCCCUCCUCCUUCAGUAGCCCCUCCGGUACAGCCUCCCUCCCCACAGUCCUCCUCGCAGCGUGCCGCUGGUGCUAG